AUAACCGAGGAAUAAUCGACAACAUUUUUAUCAUAUCCGCCCCGGCUGAUAAUUAUAUCAAAGCGCUGAUAGCGUUUUCAGUGUGAGGCUGGUCAGCGAGCCUUGAGGUACACCGCCAAGUGCAAGACGUAAAGACGGUCGCGGUUUUACGAGCGUUUUACCACGGCAUCGACAUACCAAAGGUUUAUUUCGGCACAGUGGGCUUAGAACCAAGAAGUUUCAGCAGCUCUUCAAGCUGUCAUUUUUACUUUUCGGAUAGUAUUGUUAAGUGCUGUGAUGGAGCAUCCUGCCUUCGCUGAAGCCGGAGAGGCGCCGGGAAUCGAGAUCUGGACUAUUGAUAAAUUUGAGCCAGUAGCAAUAGAGCGGAAACUCUACGGAAAAUUCUAUAAUGGUGAUUCAUACAUUGUAUUGAAGACGACCGGCGUAGACGCCUCCUCCCCUCUCUCGUACGACGUGCACUUCUGGCUCGGCGCCAAGACCACGCAGGACAAGAAGGGAGCCGCAGCCAUCCUCACCAUCACGUUGGAUGACAAGCUGGGCGGUAAAGCCGUGCACCACCGAGAGGUCCAGGGACACGAGACCAGCCAGUUCCUGGGGUACUUCCAACCAGCCAUCAGGUACCUGGAGGGUGGCAAUGAGUCCGGCUUCACGGAGGUGGAGACCAACGCCGGAGCGGAGAAGCGCCUGCUGCGCCUGUCCGGGUGUGACAACAUGAGGAUUGAGGAGGUUCCAGCGGACUCCUCCUCUUUGAGCAAGGAGCACUGCUUCAUCCUGGAGGUAGAGCACGACAUAUUCGUGCUGAUGCCGGAAGGUGCGAAGGCCACGCAUCGCCGCAAGAUCAUCAGCGUCGCCAACAGCCUACGAGACGAUUACCACAACGGCAGAGCUACCAUUGAGAUUAUCGAUGAGUUUUCAUCGGAGGACGACAUCAACAUGUUCUUCGAGGCGCUCGGCUCCGGCUCCAUGGACGAACUUCUGGACGAUGACUCUUCUGACGGCUACACGCGCGAGAACAUCUCGACAGUAUACCUGUACAAGGUGCUGAUGGGUGAGGAGUUGGAGCUGGUUGCUGUCAACAAACCCUUCAAGCAGAAGCAGCUGUCCUCAGAGGAUGUGUUCAUCCUGGACACUCCAGACUCCGGAGUCUACAUCUGGCUGGGCCAGGAGCUGGAUCCCGACGUCAAGAAGAACUACAACGACAUCGCGCAGCAGUACUUGGACAUCAAGGGGUAUCCGUCUUGGGUAGCAGUGACCAGGGUAUCAGAAGGCGCGGAGAGCAGCGCGUUCAAGCAGUACUUCCACACCUGGGAUACCGUCACCGCCGCCGGCUCCGUCAGGGCGCUAGCCGCUCAGAUCGACUCUGGUUACUUCUCGUGCGACGCGGAGGAGAGCCUCGCGCAGGCGAAGUACAUCGGCAAGAGUGCGGCGGCGCGCGGGUACAUGCCCGACGGGGGCGCCGGCGCGCUCACCGUCAUCAGGGUAUCAGACGAGCAGGAAGACAUAACGGAGUCGUUCACGGAGACGCCCAAGCUGUACCGCGGGGAGGUGUACGUGCUCAAGUACGCGUACUCGAACGAGGACGGCCAAGACGCGACUGUUGUUUAUCUGUGGCUGGGCAGUGAAGCCAGUUUAGACGCCAAGAAAGCCGGACUGGAGUUAGUCAGCGAGCUCGAAGACGAGGACGACAAAGUGACCAUCGUAACGCUACCACAGGGGAAGGAGACUAAACACUUCCUCAAUAUUUUCAAAGGCGGGCUGAUGGUGCUCUGCGGCUCAAAGGAGGACGACUACAAGGUCGACAACUUCCGGAAGAGUUAUGAUGAUGAUGGUAUUCGGCUGUUCAGGGUGGAAGGCACGGUAUCAAACGAGGACACGCGCGCGACGCAGAUCCCCGAGAACGCAGACCAACUGGAGGACGACGACGUCUACAUACUGGAGACGCCCGACGUCGUCUACGUGUGGAAUGGCAAGGAGUCGCAUUCUAGCGAGCGCGAGAGCGGGCUGAGCUUCGUGUCGGCGCUGGCGGGAGACAAGGAGGUGGUGGAGGUGGAGCAGGGGGACGAGCCUGACGAGUUCUGGGAUGCACUGGGUGGUGCUCCCGAACCACACGAGGACUCGUCGGGCUGGAAGCUGGCGGUGAACCGGCGCGUGCAGGCGCCCGUCAGCCUCACCGCCAUCAGCGUGAAGGCGUCCGGCAAGAUCAAGUUCGAGGAGCUGCCGCCGGACUUCGCGCAGACGGAUCUGGCGGACGACGGCAUAUACAUCCUGGACACUGGCGAGGAGCUGUACAUGUGGCAGGGCAAGAACAUCAGCGAGAGAGUUAAAAACGCGCGACGAGCUAUCGUUGGGGAAUACAUUGAGGAUGAUGGCCUAGACCGCACAGUGGAGUCCGUUAUAGUGGUCUCACUGAAACAAGGCAACGAGCCAGCUAUAUUCAAGAAGCUGUUUGUGGAAUGGGACGAUAAUCUUUGGGAGAAUCAACAAUCCUAUGAGGAUAUCAAAAAUGAGACCAGAGAGAAGAACUAGACAAAAUUUAUUUAUUUUUAUUUACUUAUUAAAAUAUUUAUAUGUUUAUACAAAACUUAUUUAACAAAAUAUACUUUGGAAUAUUUGUAUCUUAGAUUGUAUUU